AAUAAUGGUCUAGCCAGGAUGGGUUGGUUCAUAUAUAUGUUCUUCACUUACAUCUAGAGCUAGAAGAAAAAAAAACACACUUCACCACCAGAAAUGAAGGAGAAUUUCCUGGUUCUUUGUCUUCCUCUAGCUACAACCAAAUCCCAAGUUUCCUCUUUGUGUUUCUUUUGUUUUUUUCUUCCAUUAAUGUAAACAAAUAAUUAAAACCCUUUCUUCUUUAUGUGAUGAGCACCAAGAACUAGGAAUAAGAGAAAAAGAAAGAAACAAAGAGAGUCAUUUGGAAGAAAGACAAAAAAGUUAUUGUAUUUUUCCAUUAAGAGAUCUCUCUUUUAUAUAUUUUUAUUUUUUAUUUUUUUUCUUCCCCCUCUCCUCUUUGUUCAAUGUCAAAUAUCACAGGUGAUGGAGGAGGGAGUUUCUCUUCAGAAACUCAUCACCAAGAGCAACAACAAGUAGGAAACUUUCAUGGCGGCUCAAACUCUUUGCUUUCAACUAACAGUAAUGGCGGCUCCACUGCUCCUCCACCAGCUAAGAAGAAAAGAAACCUUCCAGGAACUCCUGAUCCCAAUGCAGAAGUGAUUGCUUUAUCACCAAAGACCCUUUUGGCCACAAACCGAUUCGUGUGUGAAAUAUGCAACAAAGGGUUCCAAAGAGACCAAAACCUUCAACUCCAUCGACGAGGCCAUAACCUACCAUGGAAGCUAAAGCAAAGAACCAGCACCGAGAUCCGUAAAAGGGUUUACGUCUGCCCUGAACCAUCAUGCGUCCACCAUAACCCAGCCCGAGCCCUAGGUGAUCUCACCGGGAUCAAGAAACAUUUUUGUCGUAAACAUGGUGAGAAGAAAUGGAAAUGCGAUAAAUGCUCCAAGAAAUACGCUGUUCAAUCUGAUUGGAAAGCUCAUUCAAAAACCUGUGGCACAAAGGAAUAUAAAUGUGACUGUGGCACCAUUUUCUCCAGAAGAGACAGUUUUAUAACGCAUAGGGCUUUUUGUGAUGCCCUAACAGAAGAAAACAACAAAGCAAGCCGAGGACUUAUAAACGUGGGAUCAAAUUUACAAGGCCAAGUUGUUGCUGCAGAUCAGCUCAUCUCUGCAAUUCCCGUCAAUAACAACCCCAACACGUCUGCCAUCAAUAUAUCUGAGCCGUUCAGCAAUGACACUAAAAGCUCAUUGCAGUCCUUAAACUUGGCGGCGGGAACCAUGUUUUCAAACGGAAGCAGCAGCCUGUUUGGUGGAACAAAAGUCACCACUGUUCCUAAUCCUUCCUCGACCUCUUGCUUGCAGCUGAACGGGAAUUCAUCGACGUUAUUCGAAGGAAACGGUGGCCACCUUUUUUCUGGGUCAGCCUCCAUGUCUGCCACUGCAUUGUUACAGAAAGCAGCUCAAAUGGGUGCAACUGCUAGCACGGGUAGUCUCAACUCUCCCUUGAUGGGGAAAAGCUAUACCACCACAAGUACCAUGGCGCCACCAUCGUUUGUUUCAAUGCAAACCCAUGAUAAUAAUAACAAUAAUAAUCAAACACAAACACUAGGAGGGGCUGAUAGUACUGGUUUUACCAGCCAGUCAGAUUUUUUCAAUGCAAAUGGAGGGGUUGAUCAAAGCUCAAGUGUUAACAACAUGGGUGUGAUGUUUUCAGGGAUUUUCGAGCAAAACAAUGCGUUUUUUAAGAGUGUAGAGAGCAGCACCCCAAGAACUACCGGUUUAUCAGGUUUCAGUGCUGAUACAAUGACUGUGGAUUUCUUGGGGAUUGGGGGAUCAAGACCAAGGAAUCUACUGGAGAAACAGCAUCAUCAUCAUCAUCAUCAUCCUCAUCAACCGCAGCAAGAUUUGGAGCAGUUUGGGGGAAUUGGGCAAGCUAGACUGCAAGGCUUGAGCCAUUUUCAACAACCUGCAGUGUUGGAGAAACCAAUGUGGAAAGUUUAAAAAAAAUUUUUAAAAUAAAAAAUAAAGUAGCUAGCUUAGCUAUAUCUCCAAUUAGAACUCUCCUUUGCCUGUAACUUCUUUCAUCAUUUUUCUCUUCUUCUUUUUUCACUCUUUCUUUUGAAGUAUAUUAAGAUAAAUCUAAAUGUUCUUGCUAAAGAGCAAGAUUAUUGAGCACUUUGAAUAAAAUUCAAGCAAUUUAGGCCAAA